AUGGAGUUACUGCAAGAUUUACAAAAGCAUUUUCAAUCACUUGUAUUCAACAUUAACCUUCAAUACGGAAACAUGAUCAGUAUGAAUGAGUUCUUGGAAAAUUGCCAAAAACACGCCUUAAUGAUGCAGAAUGUUGUUGAUCUAUUUGAAAGUUUAUCGGAACGUUAUUUGAGGUUGGAAGAAGAAAACCGUAAAUACAAGCAAGUCAUACGAGAAAUGCGGUCGAAAUACUCCUGCGAGCUCGCAAAGGUAAAGAACGAUUUGCUCAAUUUACGAUAUCAAUCUCAAGAGCAAGGAAAUUUUCAUCAUGAGGAAGCUUUACAAAUAUUCCAUGCAUGGACAUACGCCGUGAAUGCAUUCGAAAACACCUCCAAAAAUAUCGUUAAUAAUAUGUGGAAAUCCAACCAAGAGCUAACUGCUAAAUUGAAAUUAGGGGAAAAAGAAAUAAACAGGUUGAGGAUGGAGCUCAAUAAUUCCAGGCCCACGGCAGUGCAAGAUCAGAUAGUUAAAGAAUUAGAAACGCAGCUGAUGAAAUUGAAGAAAGACAACGAAUCGGUGAUAAACGAGAACAACCUCUUAAAACAAUCAAUAGAGGUUCAGAAGGGACAACUCCAGCAAACCAAUUCUGAGCUUGAGAGAACGCAAGAACAUUUGAGCUGUCGAAUAACCCAUCUUCAACAAGAAAAUAUCCAACUGAAAGAGGACAAUGAGGUGCUCACGGUUAGAAAUCUAGCGCUCUCAAAAGACCUUGAAUAUCAGUUUCGUGCCAUGUGCGAGCGAUUACAAUCAUUGACUUGCAACGAAUCAGACUAUGAAACAAUGGUGCAGCAAGAGUUGGAAUCCUUGCAGAAAAUGAUUUAUCAAUUUCAAUCUGAGGUUAUGCAAGAGUUGGCAACCCAAAGAUCUAAGGUGAACAAGUUAGAAUGCCUUACCCGAAAGCUAAAACAAGAAAAUAAUUCUCUUGAGCGAUCCAUCAAAGACACUCUUUCUAGUUACAAGCGACUUCUCAAAGUAGGAGCCAACAACACCCGAUAA